AUGAAGGCCUCUCUUAUCUCAGCCGUCCUGGCAAUUUUACCCUUUGUCUUUGCUCGCAACUGCAUUCCUGGUGUUGUUUAUUGUGGUCAGACGCUCAUUGACAUCGGUGCCUACCACGAGCAACUUUUCCAGGCCAACCACUGUGCUGGUGCACCUAGAACCGACCAUGAUAUCAGGUCAUCUCUGUACUACUGUGUCGGUGGCGAUGGCGGCGUCGUCAAUUACAUGAAAGUGUGUUCCACAGGCUGCAAGGACAAUGGACCCGGUAAUAAUGACAGCUGCCGAUAA